UAAGUCCUUCCCCCAUGCGGAAGUGACGCUGCCGCUAGCAAGAACCUCAAAGAGAUGGAUGAUUUUUUUGCAGUGCAUCAUCGUUGCAUCUAACAAAUAUUAACUCUUAAUCACAUUUUGUGUUUAAGUCAUAGGUUGGCUUAAAAUGGCGUGUAUUUCUUUCCAAAGCCAGCUUUCGUCCAUCUUGGAGGUUUUGGUCAAAGCAGCAGUGUCAGAAAUAAGCAAACUAGUGGAUGACAAUAGUGCCUUCUUGCAUCUGGAAAUCUCCCAAAAGCAGAGCGAGAAUGAGGCGCUGAAGAGGAAAUUGAUCAUGAUGGAGAAUAAAAAUGCUCAGCUGCAGCGAGCCUUCGCAAACAUGAUGCACAGAGGAAGCGAGGCUGGAAAUGUUCCACAUUCCACGGGAGAGCUCAAGUGUCCUGUCAUGGAAGAUGCCACCAUCUCCUUCACAAUCAAGGAAGAGAGUCCGGAUGAGGUGCUGUGGAUCAGCGAUCACUCUGCCGCUGGCGCAGCGCUGCAGUACCCGAACGCUGCAGAGAGUCAGCGGUUUGAGGAAGCCUCCGGGAAGUUGACGUCGGACUUUGGAGAUUCCUUCGUCUCAAGCGAGCAGGGAGACGAGGUGGGCGGGCUUCAGUUGCUAGUCAAGACGGAGAAAGGGCAGGGCGGUUGUCAGCUGGGCGCGGCCAAGCAGAGCCAACUUCCUGACUUGGCUUUGGACGAGAGGGACACUCAGCUGUGGUCGUCCAUCAUCGAAGGCGGCGACAUUGACUCCAGUUUCCCGGAUUUUUCCAGUGUGGUUGAUGAAUAUUCCGACUCUUUACCUGAGCAGUUGAACGCUCGCCUUGUUUCUGUCAAGUCAGCCGCUGUCCAGCAGACUUCCUCUCAGAGGUCCUGCGGUGGCGCUUACACCGGUGACUACCACAAGGAUUCGCAGUUGUCCGGUUUUCAGCCCAGACCCUCAUCUGCGGUCUCGCAGGCAGACACACACAAGGAUCAGGUCUACCUCCCGAAGAACAACUCACAUAGCCUUCUGAGGCGCGGCCAAGACGGCGAACACGCCACCGUAGAUGGACUGAUGGCAACACCGUCGCAUAGCACCUUCACGGCACCAUCCGGCCACCAUCUUGACCCCAAUCACCGGCCAUUCUCAGGUACCGGGCGGGGCUUUGUGUGCUCGCAGUGCGGCAAGGCGUUCGCCCGCCUCCACCAGUUCAAGCUGCACCAGCAGAGCCACAAGAGGAAACGAGCCUUCUGGUGCACGGUGUGCGGCAAGGGCUUCCAGUGCUCCUCACACCUCAGCAUCCACCACCGGACACACACGGGCGAGAAGCCGUACUGCUGCCUGCAGUGCGGGAAGAGGUUCACGCAGCAGAGCAGCCUGAGGGUCCACCAGCGCACGCACAGCGGCGAGCGGCCGUACAACUGCGCGGAAUGCGGCAAGACCUUCAUCCUCAUGCACCACCUGAAGCGCCACUGUGUCAUUCACACGUAUGGCUGAGGCGGGCCAGCCUAUCUUCCGCUUGUGUUGUCGUUGUAUAGCAUUUCUGACUAUGCAAAAACCUUCAUGUGGUUUGCUCCUUUUUAAAGAUGGAGUCUUUUGCCACGUUUCCACCAAGCAGUGCUGCCCAUUCAUUCAUUCAUUCAUUCAUUCAUUUUCUACCGCUUUUUCCUCACGAGGGUCGCGGGGGUGCUGGAGCCUAUCGCAGCUGUCUUCGGGCGAGAGGCGGGGUACACCCCGGACUGGUGGCCAGCCAAUCACAGGGCACAUAUAGACAAACGACCAUUCACACUCACAUUCAUUAACCGAGCAUGUUUUUUGGAAUGUGGGAGGAAACCGGAGUACCCAGAGAAAACCCAUGCAUGCACGGGGAGAACAUGCAAACUCCACACAGAGAUGGCCGAGGGGGGAAUUGAACCCUGGUGUCCCAGCUGUGAGGUCUGCACGCUAACCACUCGACCCCGUGCCACCCAUCAGUGCUGUCCAUUCAUUCAUUCAUUCAUUUUCUACCGCUUAUCCUCACGAGGGUCGCGGCGGGGGGGGUGCUGGAGCCUAUCCCAGCUGUCUUUGGGCGAGAGGCGGGGUACACCCUGGACUGGUGGCCAGCCAAUCACAGGGCACAUAUAGACAAACAACCAUUCACACUCACAUUCAAUUUGGAGUGGCAAACUGGAGUACCCAGAGAAAACCCACGCAUGCACGGGUAGAACAUGCAAACUCCACACAGAGAUGGCCGAGGGUGGAAUUGAACCCUGGUCUCCUAGCUGUGAGGUCUGCACGCUAACCACUCAAGCCGUGCCGCCCAUCAGUGCUGUCCAGUUCAUUACAUUUUAUUCUCAAAAGUAGCAAAGACUACCAAAAGAAGUCUUCCAUAACACAUUUUGGCACCCUUAAAUGGGCGGAUCUAAACACAGAGCAGCGUGUUGAUUGGUGGACAAGUAAUGGUCACUUCAGGAAUGGAACGGAGAGAACACACAAAGAUGUCCGCCAUUGUACUUUGUUGGAUUGGCGCCUCUUUAACAGUAUAUCCAUGCUGUGAUUGAUGUUUCUAUUCAUAGCUGGUCAGGAUUUACGCUUAAAAGCAUUCGACGGGACUCAACCUCUUGGUGGAAACGUGGAUUCCAAGAUGGUUGGAACGUCCCACGGAUUUGCAGACCUUCCAUCUUAACAGAGGACAUGACAUUGUCCAGCCCAGGAGCUCCUCUGGACAGAAACCUGCAUGACUAAGACUCCACUUUUUCUAUGAUCUUUAUUGUGUGUCUUCAUGUAGUAUUAAAUUAUUGUUUAAACCA